AUGAUCAAGGGAUCCGCCAUUGCCAUCCUGCUAUCCCUUCUAGCUCACGCUGGAACUGCGGUAGCCCAAUCUUCAGUCCAACCCGCAGCCGUCACCCCUGUGGGGAUUCCGUCCAACUCCAGCGGGCCACCACCGGACAUCCACUUUUGUGACGGAGCAGCACAGGAGAGCAAAGACUGGUCAUUCGCCGCGUUCAAGUUCUAUAAGGCUACUUGGACCGGCGCGGACUCGAAGAGGACUGGGGGUGUGGUCGUAGACAGCCUGGUCGCUUGCACUAGUGCGUGUUGGGGCCAACGUAUGACGGUCGAACCUUGUAUGGCCGUGAACUGGAACAAAGGAACUGGGAUGUGUGAUUUCUACGCAAACAAGUUUACUGGGGUGAAGAGGUACGAGUCGAGCGAGCCUCAGAACGAUGUGGCGCUCAUGUACAGGUCUUGUCAGAACCUCGACGACCUCGGCUCGCCGGAAUGCUGCGAGAUCGGGUAUGAUCUGGACGCAUUCGUCUGA